GUGUACUCCAGGAGGCGAUGGGUACAUAUAUGUGGAGGAGCCAUCUUAUCUCCUUCUGUGGUGGUCACUGCUGCACACUGCUUCACCUUCUGGGGCACGCUGACUACAACAAGGCCAACAAACCAGGUCCAAAUGACAUCGGCCUGUUGUUCCUAGAGGACCCUCUUGACCUCACAGGUUUCUACGUCACAGAGGCCAGGCUGGCUCGUCCAGGGGAGACUUUUAUUGGACAGAGAUGCGUCAUCGCUGGAUGGGGAAGAACUAGAGGUUCGAACACUAGACUGCCAAAAACGCUGCAGUCGGUUGAGGUACCAGUCAUCACCCUGGAGCUGUGUCGCCGGUACUGGCUGAUCAACAACCGGUCCAACCUUGCCAACAGCAACCUGUGUACUCACGCCGCGGGGAAUGGCACUGACGCCUUGAAGAACGUUUGCAAUGGGGACAGCGGCGGCCCACUGGUGUGUGGUGAUACAGUGGCUGGCCUUGUGAGCUGGGGCAGAACAGGAUGUGUGGGCUGUUCCCCGGACGUCUACACCCGGAUAGCUUUCUUCUAUCGGUGGAUCAUGGAGAAUCAGUAGAUCAAGAGAGUGGUUCCUUACGACGUUUGUCUUGUGGCUGCUGCAUCAAAGAUCCUAUACUACAAGAUGGUUCACUCAGAAAUAACAGUGUCCUCGCCAUACGCGCUUUUCUUCAGUUGGCUUGCCACCCCGGGGCAGUGCCACUGAUUGAAGUGUCUUUAGGCCAUUCCCAAAGGGGGGACAUUU